AUGAUCGCCGACCUGCCCGAGGAAAACACGACCCUGUGGUCUAUCAAGCUCCCCAAGGGCGUCGAAAUGGCCGACCUCGCAUCACAGCCGCUGGAAAUCGACGGUGAGGUCACCCUCGGAAAAAAGACAUACAUUCUGCAGACCAUGGAGGGAGGACACAAUGUGUUUGUCUUCGGCAAGAAGACCGACGCGGACUACCUUGGAGCCACCCAACAGACCGUUUCCGAGCAGCUGCAGCUCGUCGAGAAGGUGUCUCUGCCUCCUGUCGACCUCGAACAGGUCUGUGUGCCCAAACCCAUUGUUGGUAAGGUGGACGGUCUGCAUCAGAGAUGGUUCCCUACUGGCUACGGACCCGAGGACUACGGACUGGAUUCUGCCAUGCCUGUUUCGUCUGCUAGCCAGACCAAGAAGACUGCAUCUAAAUCUACAAGUACCAAAAAGCGAUCCCAGGAGGAUGUGACGACCGAGGAGCCUUCUGCAAAGAAGCAGAAGAAGGAAAAGAAGGACAAGAAGGACAAGAAGGACAAGAAGGAGAAAAAGGAAAAGAAAGACAAGAAGGAAAAGAAGUCCAAGGAGUAA